AUGGAUUUAUCUGGCAAAGUGGUUUUUAUUACAGGGGCCGCUCAAGGGCUGGGGAAGGCGUAUGCAGAAUCAUUGCUCCAGCUCGGAGCUAAAGUUGCCCUUGGAGAUGUGAAUGCUGCUCUCGGUGCAGCCACCAGCGAGGAACUUCAGCGACGUUUCGGUGAAGAGAGCGUAAUAUUUUAUGCGUUUGAUGUCACCGAUCAUCAACAGUUUCGAGAUGCCUUUAAUGCGGCCGUGUCGCACUUUGGACACAUCGAUGUGUUGGUGAAUAAUGCAGGGAUCAUGGACGAGUCCAAGUGGGAGCUCAUGAUACAAAUAAACUACACCUCGUUAGUAUUCGGUACAAGACUGGCGAUUGAGCACAUGCGGAAAGACACAGGAGGACUUGGAGGUCGGAUCAUCAACAUCAGUUCUAUGGCAGGCCUGGAAGAUUACUACUUCAUCCCUGUCUACUGUGGGACCAAACAUGCAGUCAGAGCUUACACAUCAUCAUUGGCGCAACAACCCAAUAUCGAAGAACAGGGAAUCGAGUUUGGAGUCCUGUGUCCGGACGCUGCUGCCACAGAGCUGGUGUCUAAGAUCGACGAAAACCGAAUUCUUUUCUUUGAUGAAGCACAGCCCAGAUUUGAAAAGAGCAAAAUGGAUGUGGAGACAGUGGUUGACGCUUUCUUGGAACUCGCACAGCUGGAGCAGAUGAACGGCGCCAUCUUGCUGGUGUCGCUAGAAGGGAAAACAUAUCGCAAGAUGGAGAGUCUGGUCUAUGUGUAG